AAUUUUUAAAAGUACAUGUACUUUAUCCUUCAGGGUGUGGCUGGAGCAUACUUGGGACAUAGAGAUACAGAAGGAUUCUACCGAAAGAUGUCUUGCGAGGGCUCCGAGAAAAGCCUGGGGGACUGUUCUAGCUCUACAACGUCACUAUGUAGACCAGAUUCUAGCGUUGGAUUAGUCUGCUUCAAUAACGUCAAUGAUGUACUGGAGAUGCGACUCGUGGAGGGACCUGCACUGAGACCAAACACCCACAGUGGUCGCCUGGAGGUCCGCCUUAGUCCUCUCAUGCCCUGGGGAUCCGUCUGUGAUGACAGUUUCCAAGGACAGUCGGCAACUGCAGCUUGUCGACAAAUGGGCUACAAGAUUGGCGAGAGUUUGCGACAUUCCUUUUGGGAAAGCUUGUUUGAAGAAGAAGGCGUUUUUGGCUCCAGUGAGCGAACCUGGUUAGACGAAGUAUCGUGUGAGCCUGGCCAGGAAUUUCUCGACUGUGACCAUGACAUUUGGGGUUACCAUGACUGUGAUCCUGUGGAAGACGUAGGAGUCUCAUGUUCCAAUUUCUCAGUUCGCCUCCUCUCAGCUGUGCCAAAUGACUACCAUAUUGGUUCUGUAGAGGUUUAUUUGGAAAGAGAGAAUGGCUGGUUUGAGGUGUGCGAUGUCGACUGGGAUGAUAACGAUGCCAGGGUUGCAUGUCGUGAGCUUGGCUUUGCAGACGGGCGUGCCUUGUGUUGUAAUUCUCUGGGAUCAGUGUCUUACGGCUCUCUCACUGCUAUGGGGAGCAUGACUAACUUUACCUGUACUGGAAAGGAGGAAUCUCUAACUGAAUGUGGCAUGAUACAGACUGGUCUGUGCAACUUCAAUGAGGCUAUAAUCAACCUGGCUGCGGUCAUAUGUUAUGACAAACCUUUUGAAGAGAUUGAUACCACACUGAAAACACGUGUCGUAGAUGGUUCUGAGCACGCUGGCAUUUUAGAGGUGCAAUACAUGGGUGUGUGGGGUCGUGUGUGUAUGGAUGAUUCCAUCUUUGAAUCUGAAUUCACUGAUAACGAAGCAUCUGUUGCCUGUAGAAUGAUGGGGAAAGGUUACAGUGGAGGGAAACGGAUCAACAAUGAGAAAACAGAUGAUAUUUACCAUGCGUGGCUGAGAGGUCUGACGUGUUUAGGAAAUGAGAGCAGCAUCGAAGACUGUGACCAUCCUGCGUGGGGAUCACCAGCUUUAGACAACUGCGAGGGUCCUGUGCGAGUAGUUUGCUAUAAAUCAGCUCUGGAGCUGGUCAUCCAGGAGCCAGCCAUGGGAGUGGAUGUGAGAGGAGUGCUCACAGUCAAAUAUGAUGGAACCACGAGUGUAGUAUGUGGAGACGACUGGGGGGAUCAAGAAGCCAAUGCUGCCUGUCGCACCAUAGGAUACAAUGGAGGAAGAGCAUGGGUCCCGCAUACUUAUGAUCACUCACUUGUACCCAUACUGAGUGGUGUGAAAUGCCGAAAAUCAGAGACAAACUUUUUCCAAUGUGACAACCAUGGCUGGAACAUACCCUCAGAAGAAUGCAUCACCAACCCAAAGCCAGCGGGGAUUGCCUGCUUUGAAGAAACAAAAUUGGAUCCAGGCUAUAAAGCCUCCGGUGUUUUACAACUUUUUGACAAUAAAACAUCAACAUGGUCCACCAUAUGCAGGAAUGGCUUUGAUGAAAUAGAUGCCAUGGUGGCAUGCAAAAAGUAUGGCUUCAGUCAAGGAACUGUUCUUCCAGCUGGUGCUUUUGGCAUUGUUGGAUCAGAUGUUGGGCAUCUCAGAACAUCUAUAAACUGUACUGGAUCUGAGACACAUAUUACUGACUGUCCAUAUGACGAGGACAUUGUGGACUGUAACCUAUACGGAGAUUACGUUUCAGUGUCAUGUUUUAAUGAAGUCCGUACAGGUACUUUUGCUGUGGAAAAUGGCUUUAGUGAUGACACCCAAGCUGUUGGAGUACUCAAGAUUUUCCAGAACAACACCUGGGGCUUUGCCUGUGGUCAGACUUUCAAUGAACUUGAUGCUUUGGUCUUCUGUAAGGAGCUUGGUAUUGCUCUAGGCCACUCAUACUCUGGCGGUGUAUCUUUCACACAACAGAAAGAUGUCAAAGGGCCUUACUUUGUCACUUUCCCCAACUGCAAUGGCAGUGAGGAGAGAUAUGCUGACUGCAGUAGUUCUCAGUACUUAUGUACUGAUGCAGCAGCAGCAUCUGUUCUAUGCUACACAUCUGGAGGUCCAAGUUUAGAAAUUACUGGUCACGGUGGUCCGAAGCAAGGUGCUCGGCUUCAGCUUAACAUCAACAAUGUGCCUGGUGCUAUCUGUGCUAAUAAAUGGGAUGACCAGGAUGCCUCUGUUGCCUGCCGACAACUAAGUGAUGUCUACAAAAGAGGGGUAGCCACAUCAUAUCCCAGAAGUUCUUUGCCUAUUUAUCUGUCUGGCUUCGAGUGCAAUGGUGAGGAAGACCAUCUUUUCACCUGUGAUAAUGAUGGAUGGAAGCCAAAUCCAUCUGUAAGCAACUGUGAUGAAAACAGCAUGGAAGCAGGAGUUGUUUGCUUUGGCAGAGUGUUCUUCACAGAGAUCAAGCAGACACCAGACAGUCUGUCUGGCCUUCUUAAUGUCAAGAUGGAAGACGAUUAUGACAGACCAGUAUGCUUUGAAUCUACUUUUACUCACAGAGAGGCGAAAGCUGUGUGUGAUGAAUUAGGGUAUUCACAAGCUGCCAUUCUGACCCCUAAAAGUCUUGAUGAAGACCUCAAGUAUUCAUAUUACACUUUGACAAAAGUUCAGUGUCUUGAGGAAAAUGUUCAUCUUAUUGAUUGUGGCAUGAGAGUUGGGCAGUGUCCUACACAGAAUCAAGUGCGACUGCUGUGCUAUGAGUACAAGAUUGAUUUGCUCAGUGAAUGGACAGUGGAGAAGAAUGAUCAUGGGGUAGUUUCCAAAGCAUUUCUGGAUAACCAGUACAUAGCUGCAAUAUGCCCACAAGACUGGGAUGACGCUGAUGCUGAUACAUUUUGUGCUGAACGAGGGCAUACUGGAGGAAAAGCUCUAGGGAGCACUCCUUUAGAUCAAAUGGAAACUAGAGAGCUUGUUUGGUUUGGCUCAUCUGUUUGCUCUGACUCCCCAAAUGGCAGAAAGCAGUGUGAAGUUCAACAGAACGUGUCCUUUGGCUGCUUUGGUCAGAAUAAUCGUGCAGGAGUGCUGUGCUACACAGGAGAGGAAAUAACUAUGAGACUGGUGGACAAUGGGAAGGUGUCCAAAUUUGCUGGACGUGUCGAGAUCAACUACCAAAAUGUGUGGGGUACCAUUUGUCAUAAGGAUCCAAACAAGAGGCUUGUUGCGCGGACUGUUUGCCAGCAGUUGGGAAUGAUUGACGGCACCAUCAUUAUGGCUUCUCCCAAAAGAUAUGGAAUGACGGAUAGCCCCAUUUAUUUGAAAAAUGUCGAUUGCUCAGCCAGUGAAGAUUCCAUUUUGUUGUGCUCUCAUGAUGGCUGGGGAAUGGAUGAAGGCUGCACACACGAAAAUGACUUGGAAGUCCUAUGUUAUUCCAAUGUACGCAUUUUCCCUGAUGCUGAAUCGCCUCAUGGUGCUGUGUCAAUAUACAGCGGUGGAUCGUACGUUCUGUUGUGCUCAGAGGGUUUCACAGACGCUGAGGCUGACGUGAUUUGCAGAUCUCUCUUUUAUAACUCUGGAAAGGCCAUUUGCUGCUCUGCAUUGCCCAUUCCCUAUCUGAGAAUUGGUGCUAGCAAUGCACACUGCUCUGGCACAGAGUCAUCCCUACUUGACUGUAAUUUGAAUAUGGAUAGAGAAAGUUUCAACUGUCCCAGUGCCAAGUAUGCUUCAGUAGCCUGUUCCAAUGAACUUGUGAAUGAAUAUCUCCCUUUCUUGGAAAGAGGUGACAGAGGCAGAGUUCAUAUAAGGUAUUAUGGCCUCACUGGUUCAGUGUGUGCCAAAGGUUUCACUCACAAUGACGCCAAAGUUCUGUGCAGAGAGCUGGGAUUCUCUACUGGUCUGGCUUUCACAACCACCAACACAGAUGACCUUCAGUUUCCUUGGCUAGUGACUCCACAAUGCCUUGGCGUAGAGAGCUCUCUGAGCACCUGCCCCAAGUUCUCACUGGGCAUGGCUCCUGCAUGUGACGAGAUCGCUACUGUGCAGUGCUUACCAGCAACAGAUCCCGGAAAGAUAGAAGUGAGGAUUGCAGAUAUUCCAGGGGCCGUUUAUGGCAUUCCAAAAGUGAAGAUUGGUGGCACAUGGGGCACUAUUUGUGAUGAUUUGACGUUAUCUGACGAAGAGGCUGUGGUCCUUUGCAAAGAAUUAGGAGGAAGCGGUGGCACUUUCCUCCACAUUAGUGAUCCCAGUGUCUUAAGCAGGCCGUCCCCCAUUCUCACUGGCUUGAAAUGUCAAGGCGAUGAAUCAAGCAUUUCUCAGUGCCAGAUGUAUGCUUUUGGCUUUGGAGACAUGGCAGAGUCUUGUGCAAUUAGAUUUGAUCAUGCUGUUCUUCAGUGCUUCAAUUCAGUGGAGCUGGUACAAGGGCCUGUACAGGCCAGAUCUGGUGGGCUGGUCCUUCUGCACGAGAAAGAGACAGAUGAGUGGCAUCCAGUUUGUGAUGGAACAAUAAGUGACAAAGAGGCCUCAGUGAUCUGCAAAAAUUUUGGUUAUCAGUACGGCAAACAGCAGUGCUGUAAUGCUUUUGGUGAGCUAGAGGAGACAGCCAACACUUUUGUCACAAAACUGUCUUGCCCGUCGAUGGACUCGCUAAUAAGUAACUGCUCAGUGAGUAGAGGCAAAGCAUGCCCUACUGAAGGAUCCAUAGCUUCUGUACAUUGCCGAUCAAGCCCUUUCCCUGUUGAAAACCUCCAAAUAGUACAUCUACCGGACUUUGUAGGGUCCCCAACUGUGCAAAGAUAUGGCAUUGAAGGGCGUGUCUGUGCAGAAGGAUUUCAGGAGAAGGAAGCUAAUGUCAUUUGCAAGGAACGUGGGUAUGCCAAGGGCCACAUGCUUAUGAAUUCAAAAGUAGGGACUGGAUCUACAUUUAUGGUUGGAAGCCUCAAUUGCUCUGGCACAGAGACCAGGAUAUCUGAUUGUGACUAUGCAGUGUGGAAUUCGGAUGGUAGCUGUCCAAACCGAGAGGAACCCAAUGUGUUGUGCACAAGAACUGUUCUAAACUCUUUGAAAUACCAAGUCAAUACAGACUCAGGACGGGCAGAGGUCGUGGUUGAUGGAACGACAUAUGUCUUGGGAUUUCAUUCAUUUAGCAACAAGGAAGCUGCUGUAUUUUGUAAAAGUCUGGGAAAGGGAUAUCUAAGUGGAAAUACUCUUAUUCGAAGAGUUCCUGGAACAGUUCAAGAACGAAUCCUGAUGGACUUUAUAAGUUGUUCUGGAACUGAGUCAUCGAUCUUAGAAUGUACUGGAUCCUUACUGCCUGAAGCUCCCUCUGAAGUCACAGCAGAUUCUGUGGUGUAUGUUGAGUGCAGCUUGGGAGCUCCUGUUAACCUGAACUUAAUGCUGUUGUUGGAGUGGCUUACUUUUUUCUUUAGAUCAGCAGUAGUAAUUGUUCCCUUCAACACUUGUGUUUCUUCUGCAGUGGAGCUGGUACAAGGGCCUGUACAGGCCAGAUCUGGUGGGCUGGUCCUUCUGCACGAGAAAGAGACAGAUGAGUGGCAUCCAGUUUGUGAUGGAACAAUAAGUGACAAAGAGGCCUCAGUGAUCUGCAAAAAUUUUGGUUAUCAGUACGGCAAACAGCAGUGCUGUAAUGCUUUUGGUGAGCUAGAGGAGACAGCCAACACUUUUGUCACAAAACUGUCUUGCCCGUCGAUGGACUCGCUAAUAAGUAACUGCUCAGUGAGUAGAGGCAAAGCAUGCCCUACUGAAGGAUCCAUAGCUUCUGUACAUUGCCGAUCAAGCCCUUUCCCUGUUGAAAACCUCCAAAUAGUACAUCUACCGGACUUUGUAGGGUCCCCAACUGUGCAAAGAUAUGGCAUUGAAGGGCGUGUCUGUGCAGAAGGAUUUCAGGAGAAGGAAGCUAAUGUCAUUUGCAAGGAACGUGGGUAUGCCAAGGGCCACAUGCUUAUGAAUUCAAAAGUAGGGACUGGAUCUACAUUUAUGGUUGGAAGCCUCAAUUGCUCUGGCACAGAGACCAGGAUAUCUGAUUGUGACUAUGCAGUGUGGAAUUCGGAUGGUAGCUGUCCAAACCGAGAGGAACCCAAUGUGUUGUGCACAAGAACUGUUCUAAACUCUUUGAAAUACCAAGUCAAUACAGACUCAGGACGGGCAGAGGUCGUGGUUGAUGGAACGACAUAUGUCUUGGGAUUUCAUUCAUUUAGCAACAAGGAAGCUGCUGUAUUUUGUAAAAGUCUGGGAAAGGGAUAUCUAAGUGGAAAUACUCUUAUUCGAAGAGUUCCUGGAACAGUUCAAGAACGAAUCCUGAUGGACUUUAUAAGUUGUUCUGGAACUGAGUCAUCGAUCUUAGAAUGUACUGGAUCCUUACUGCCUGAAGCUCCCUCUGAAGUCACAGCAGAUUCUGUGGUGUAUGUUGAGUGCAGCUUGGGAGUGCAACUGGACAGUGGACCCACACCAUCAAGUGGAAUCCUUUCCAUAUUUAAUACACAGACAGACAGAUAUGGUGUUGUUUGUGAUAAAGACUUUGGUCAAAAAGAGGCUGAUGUUGCUUGCAAAACGCUGGGUUAUGAGAAAGGCAUUCUCCACUGCUGCCAAGCUUAUGGGUACAACUUUGAGGAGCCACUCUUUAAAGAUUUCCAGUGUAAUGGCGCUGAACAGUCCAUAUUGGAAUGUGACCACAAUCCAGCUGCAACUCGAUCCCCAUUCUUUUGCAACAGACAGGAUUAUGUGGCUAUCACUUGUUAUAAGGGUGAAAGGCCAGAUGAUUUCACAGUCUCUAUGGAUGCUACUAAUCAGAAUAUACAGUCUGGCCUGGUCCGUGUUACCUACCUGGGGAUCGAGGGAACAAUUUGUAGUGAUGGCUGGGAUGAUGCUGAUGCUAACGUCCUGUGCAGACACCUUGGCUUUGAUAAAGGAACUGCUUAUAACCAUUACAAGCCUGGGUUCACCAUUGAUGCUUCUGAAGGGCCUUUUUGGCUCUCUGAGAUCAGCUGCUUUGGGAAUGAAACUGAUUUGACUAGUUGCCCUCACUCAGGCCUUGGCAGUGUGACUCACUGCAGAAACGACCACUUUGCUGGUGCCUUCUGUUCUGAUGAUUCCAUUGUCACUUACCGCCUGGCUGGUUCAGAUAAUGUUCAAAGUGGCCGUGUGGAAGUCUAUAUAAAUAACCAGUGGGGUACUGUGUGUGAUUUCAACUGGGAUAGCAAGGAUGCUGCAGUCAUGUGCCGCAUGCUAGGAUAUGCCACGGGAGAUGAAAUCAGUGAUACAAGCUUGGAUAAUGUUGGUACUGGUCCUAUUUGGGAAUUGGGAGCUCGCUGUUCAGGAACAGAGUCAACUAUCAAUGAAUGUCCCCAUCAAGGCUGGAGUGAAAACAGGAGGCAGUCCUGUGAGGCACAUUCUGAUGAUGCUGCUGUUUUCUGCUACUCAUCAGUGAAACUUGAAAGAGCAAGUGGGAUGGAAACCAACCACGGUCCAGUCAACUAUUAUUAUUCAAACAAGUGGUACCGAGUGUGCAGUGAUGGCUUCACUGACCUGUCUGCCCGCCUCGUCUGCCAGGAAAUGGGCUUUUACGAUGGCCGCUCUCUGUGCUGCUCUGCUUAUUCAGGAGAGACAGUUUCAGGGCGCAAGAUACUCCCAAAUAUAACUUUUGAGUGUGUGGGAGAUGAGACUUUUAUUACUCAAUGCAGGCAGGAAAGUGAAUGUAUUAGUGGUUACUACGCUUCCGUGGUGUGCUUGGGAAAAGAUGACAACUUUGACGAAAAUGAAUACCAAGUUACAAUGAGUCCAGGUGAGGAGAUGAAAGGGGCGCUUGAAGUAUCUCACCUUGGAAUCAAAGGUCGAAUUUGUAGUGCAGGCUGGACAGACAAGGAGGCUGACGUAUUUUGCAAAAGUCGGUCAUUCAAAGGAGGCUCUGCUUAUCAUCGGUCAUACUUUGAUGAGUAUAUCUCCUCGAAAUCAAUAGGUCCUUUACUGAUGAGCAAUGUCAUUUGCAAUGGUACAGAGAGAGAUUUGACAGAGUGUUCCUUCAAUGACAGAUCAAACCUAGGCAACUGCUCAGAUUCCCAUACUGCUGCUGUGUAUUGCUACAAGGAAGAAGGAAUCAAAUACCGCCUAGUGUUUAAUGACACUUUUGAUCAAAGCAAUUUUGGUCGUGUGGAAAUGUCAGUUGAUGGAAAGUGGGGCACAGUGUGUGAUAAAAUGUGGAAUGACAAAGCUGCUCGAGUCGUUUGCAGAGGGAAGAAAUUCCGGGAUGGUGCAGCGCAGAAUAAUGCUCCUUAUGGAGGAGGGGAAGGACCUAUCUGGCUACACUCUAUACAGUGCACUGGAGAGGAAGCCUAUUUACAUCAGUGUGCUCAUGAUGGCUUCUAUGAAAACCCUAAUGUUUUCGGGAAUUCCUUCUGGUUCAUAAACCCUUGCAGCCUUCACUCCAACGAUGCGUCUGUCUUUUGCUUCAAUGACGUGAAACUGGAUCAGCCUUUGGAACAAAGCUCUGGUGGGCUGUUGUACAAUAUGGAUGACAAAUGGAAGCAUAUUUGUUCAGAUGAAAGCUUUUCCAGAAAAGAAGCUAUGGUAGCAUGCAAAAGUCUUCUUCAGGACUAUGUUGAUGGUGUGCCCAUCCAAAAGGGAGUGUUUGGCGAAAUGGAAGAACCUCUUGCCCCUGUGUCCUUCUCCUGUUCAGGAGAAGAAUCCACUUUAUCGGAGUGCAGUCAUAAUACCGCUUCCCAGUGUGCUUCAGAGACAUACAUGUCAGUCGCUUGUUUCAAAGAAACUCUCACAGACAGUGACUUUGAGUUUAACCUGACCUUGUCAUCGGACUCUAUAAGGACAGGUGAUAACCAUGGCAUUCUGGAGGUCAGAGACAAAGGAGCAUGGGGUCGUAUCUGUAUGCAUGAGUUUACUGAUGCAGAGGCGUCUGUGGCUUGCAAGUCGCUCAACUUCAAAGGUGGCCAUAAAUAUCUUCAUCUGUUCCGCAAUCGUCUCCCUAUUUUGUGGAGUGGAGUGAAGUGCAGUGGAUCUGAGACUUCCCUGGAUCAGUGCAUGCACAGCAGCAUAGACAAGGAGCAUUGCCACUACAAUGCUAAUGACGCCGGAGUGGUCUGUUAUAAAUCUGAAGGAGUGAAAUACAGGCUCACAGGAGGCAAAGACCAGAACUCUGGCCGAGUAGAAAUUGGUGUAGAUGGCAUCUAUGGCAGCAUCUGUGCCAUCAACUGGCAGCAAGGAAACUCAAAAGUCUUAUGCAGAUCCAUGGGUUACACGGAUGGCAUCCCAACCUAUGACGAAAAUCCGGAUCUUGACUACCUAGCGCCCGUAAUGAGCUUCUUUUUGUGUGAAGGCACCGAGGACUCUCUUCUGAGCUGCAUUAAUUCAGGAUUUGAUGAUGGUGCUCAUGUCUUUGUAUGUGGUGGAAGUGCAUAUGCAUCUUGCUUUAAAGAGGAAGUCCAAAUAACUGAAGUACGGCUGCAAGGCGGUAACAGCACAGCAGGGCGACUGGAAGUCUACGUCACUCCUCUUAAUGCUUGGGGCACAGUCUGCGACGACAGCUGGGAUGACAUUGAUGCCGGGGUUGCUUGUAGACAGAUGGGUUUUGAUGACGGCAUCGUCAUGGAAUCAGAUUAUGAAACAGGAACAGGGAACAUUUUCCUAGAUAAUGUGGAAUGUUUGGGAAAUGAGACCAAUAUUGGGCUGUGUAAAUCGACAGGUAUCAACGCACACAACUGCGACCACUCUGAGGAUGCUGGUGUUGUCUGCUUUAAUUAUACAGAGACUACAGUGCCACCCCCUGCCUCAACUCCAUCAGAAGUCUCAACACCAAAGCCCACAAAAAGUCCGGCCACAACCAAAGCCCCUACACAGUUACCUACUACUCCCCCAACAAAACCACCUACUGCUCCCCCAACAAAGCCCCCUGCUCCCCAGCCAGCUACAAGUCCCAAGAUAGAGUUCACCACCAAGCUGCCAACUACCCAAGUCAAGGAAGUCACAACUUCACAAAUCACUCCGACACCGGCCAUACCCACAAAGCUCCCAGGUUCGGGAGAGAAGAGGGAUCAGAAAGAUAGAAAGACCAAAGUUAUCAUUGCUGCAUGCAUUACUAUUGUACUGGCCAUUGUUUUGGCUGCUGUGGUUGUUUUCCUGGUCUACAAGUACAGACUGAGGACCAAGCCUAGUAUUCCACAUGAGCGCUUCCACGAUGACAUCAUAGAGCACAGUUACGACGGCUCUCUGACCAUGCAAAAUCAGAUGUACAGCAUGUCACAAGGGGACCCUGAUGACCCAGUGGUUCAGUCCAUGAACGAUGGCUCAGAAAUCCUCAUGGAUCCUUCGGGUUCCGUUUCUUUCUCAAAAGGAACCACUAGUCCUGAGGUAGAUGAUGAUGCACCUCAGGAAGGAUUUUCUAACCCUCUGUACGGAGUUAUGAAAAACAGUGCUGAGACAUCCGUGGACGCGGUUACUGUUGAUAUGAAUGGAUCAGAGCCUUCAAAUCAGACUCAGACCUAAUGAAAGCUGCCUAAAGUAUAUAUAACUGGCCCUAGUGUUUCUUAAAUGUUGAGGGGCUGUAUCAGACGACAUGUUACUCUAAUGAAUAAAUUUUAUAUCCAAAGAACAUGUUGUUGCUGUGCUCAAACUGAGAAUCAUUUCUAUUUAACAUGUUCGUCACUUGUGAUAGAUUUAGAGAUGGUGAAGUGUGAUCUAUCCUUAACUUUUGUUGAUUUGUUUGGUUUUUGUUAUGAUAUUGCCUUUUUUCCAGUAGAGGAAAAAGGGAAAAGAAGAGAUUGAUUGGCUUUGUAACUCUGCUGUUUGUAUUUUGCUUUAAAACAAGUUUUUUUUUUCUCUCUCUAAAUUCAAGCUAUUUUCAUUCAGGUAUUGUUGUCUAGCCAGCUGUUCAUCUUGGCCUUGCCCACUUAAUUAUAGAAAUAAAUAUAUCAGUCUGAAAUAUUUCUUUACAACUGAUUCAGAUUUGAUUAAUUUUCAUAUAUCGAGAUGAAAAGGAAUGAUAAAUCCACAUUUUCCUGUAAUGUCAAUCCACUUCUUUUGUUGUUGUUGUUGUUGUUGAAAAGGCUUCAAUGCUGACUGAGUUCUAAAAGAUGUGGGUAGACUUGCUUUUUGUGUUUUUGUUAUGCAUGUCACAGAUGCCUACACCACAAUGACAUGAUGUUGAGCACAUAAUCCUAUUACUGUAUGACCCAAAAAGUGGGCUUCAUUUUCUAAAUAAAUGGUAUGUAAAUGGGAUUGAAAUUAUCUUGAGUACACAAAUGUGCAUUUAGAACCAGUCUUUCCUUUAAUGAAAAUUAUACUGUUUUUGUUUUCUUAAUAUCCUGUUGUUUCAUGUGUAUGAUCUGCCAAAUUGUAACACAUAUAUUAUGUGUUAAUGGUACAAUGAAUGGGUAUCUAUUAGGACCAGCUCAACAUAUUUUUUUUAGGGGGGGGGGG